UUGAAGAGUUUGAUUUUAAGUGGCACGGCUAUCCCCAAUGCUAAACAAGGGAUGGCGGUGUUGCAGUAGAAAUUAAAAGGAAGCGGUAGAGUUGUUUGUUAUUUCCUCUCUCUCGUUUGUUGUUGAAGCUUCACUAAACUUCAAUUCAAAUUUCUCACAUGCACGGGUUUCUAUCCUUUCCACUUUUCUAGAAUAUUCCAAUUCCCUUCUCAUCUCAACUGUUUUCCCCAUCCUUUUUUUUUUCUUUUCAUCACAGCAAGCUAUAGUUUGAUUUUCGAGCAUCGCGUUCCAGAUUACUCUUCCUCUUAUAGUUAAAACUGAGUAUGAAACUCGACCUUGAUUUGUAGCUAUUAACAAUUUCGCGUUGGAAAUUCACGAGUCAAUUUGUGUUUCUAGGUCAUUUCUUUGAAUUUCGAAUUGUAAAUGAUCGUUGAAAAAUAAUAUGAAGAAAGUGAGGAGAAAGAUUGGAAAGUAUGAAGUUGGUAGAACUAUUGGCGAAGGUACAUUCGCUAAGGUUAAAUUUGCAAAAGACUCUGAGACAGGGAAGAGUGUUGCUAUUAAAGUCAUGGCUAAGACCACUAUUCUCAAGCACAAAAUGGUUGACCAGAUUAAAAGAGAGAUAUCCAUUAUGAAGAUUGUCAGGCACCCUAAUAUAGUCAGAUUGCAUGAGGUUUUGGCCAGCCAGAACAAGAUCUACAUAAUCCUGGAGUUUGUAAUGGGAGGAGAGUUAUAUGAUAAAAUUGUAAGGCAGGGAAAGCUUUCUGAAAAUGAGUCUAGGCGCUACUUUCAACAACUUAUAGAUGCUGUUGCUCAUUGUCAUAAAAAGAGCGUGUACCAUAGAGACUUGAAGCCUGAAAACCUUCUACUUGAUGCUUAUGGAAAUUUGAAGGUUUCUGACUUCGGAUUGAGUGCAUUGACUAAGCAGGGUGAUGACCUUCUUUACACCACAUGUGGGACCCCAAAUUAUGUUGCCCCUGAGGUGCUCAGCAAUCAAGGUUAUGAUGGUGCAGCAGCUGAUGUAUGGUCAUGUGGAGUCAUUUUAUAUGUUCUAAUGGCUGGAUAUCUUCCUUUUGAGGAGGUAGACCUUCCAACGUUGUUCAGAAGGAUCAAUGCUGCAGAAUUUGUUUGCCCAUUCUGGUUUUCUGCUGGCGCAAAGACAUUGAUACAUAAAAUUUUGGAUUCGAAUCCUAAAACACGAAUGAAAAUUGAAGAAAUAAGGAAAGAUCCAUGGUUCCAGAAAAACUAUUCUCCUGUCAAACUAAGGGAAGAUGAGCAAGUGAAUUUGAAUGACGUUCAGGCUGUUUUUGAUGAUAUUAAGGACCAGUAUGUUUCUGAACGGUCAGAAAUUACCAAGGGAGGUCCUUUGAUAAUGAAUGCAUUUGAGAUGAUAACCUUAUCACAAGGGUUGAAUCUUUCACCAUUAUUUGACAGGCAUCAGGAUUACGUAAAACGGCAGACUCGUUUUGUUUCACGUGAACCAGCAAAAGUUAUAAUUUCAUCGAUUGAAGCUGUUGCAGAGUCAAUGGGUCUUAAGGCCCAUUCUCGCAGUUACAAGAUGAGGAUUGAAAGAGUUUUUUCAAAUAAGGUUGGACAAUUUGCAGUGGUCUUGGAGGUGUACGAAGUCGCACCAUCCCUUUUCAUGGUAGAUGUUCGAAAGGCAGCUGGGGAUACUCUUGAGUAUCACAAGUUUUACAAGAGCCUUUGCGCGAAACUAGAAAGCAUUAUUUGGAGACCGGCAGAGACUACUUCAGAUUCUGGUCUUAGUCGACAAUUGACAUUCUGAUCCAGUUCCUGCACGUAUGAUUAAAUCUAAAUAAAGGAGCACUGAAAGAUGCAGCUGCUCCCCCGGGUAAUUGAAACUGGCAUGCUUUGCAGCUAUAUUCAUAAUGCAACGUACACUUUAUGAAACAAAGUAUACCGAAAUGAGUGUCGCGGUCAAAUUAGAGCAUGCACGGCUUGAUUUCUGAGGAAAGAAAAUAUGAAUUGCAAUGCUUCCUGUAACGAACCUAAGCUGCAGUUGUACAAUAAAUAAAUUGAAUAUUUGGUUUUGGCCGAAAUCGUAUAGAAUGUAAUUAUUAGAAACAAUAAAUUGUACCAGUUUGAUAUUAUAAAUUGUACCAGUUUGGUGUUAUUAGAAACAAUAAUUUGAAUAUUUUGGUUUGGGCGGAUAUCGUCUAGAUUAGAAUUUGAAA